CUCAAACUUGGAAUUUGGAGAGAUAGCUCAGGAAACGAUGUCUUCCUCCCCAGAGCCCACCGCACUCACGGACCCCGCCUCCUAUCUAUGUCUCUCCAAAUUCAACCGCCGACUGCCCCGCUGUCCUCGAACGAACCUCCCAGUCACUUUUUCCGACAUUGGUGAUCCAACGGGUAUACCGCUUUUGUAUCUUUUGCCAAGCGGAUGCUCCAGGUGGAUAGGAGCUUCUUUGGACCCUCUGGCUGCGAGAUUUGGAGUGAGGAUCGUUGUCAUUGAUCGACCGGGAUGUGGGGGUACAGGGCAAGUCCCUCUCGGAGAGCGGAUUGACAGAAGCUGUGAAAUGGCAGUUUCAGUUCUUGAGACUCUGAUGAUCAAACCGGCUCAUAUCCUUGUUAGCUCUGCAGGGAUCUACUACGCACUCCAUCUUUUGAUUCACCAUCCCUCAGCAUUUAAAACAUCGCUCAAUCCACCCCCGCGGUUGUAUCUUAUUGCUCCUUGGGUGCCCCUGCUGCCAAUAGAUCAUCCUGACAGCUGGCCUUUCAAGUGGGAUUGGAUACCCACGCCAUUCAUUGCCACUCAACAUAUCACUACACCACACCUACUGAAAGCCGCCGAGCAAGCUCAAAAAGCGUAUGACAGAGGUCUCAAAGCAAUCGACACAAGCAUGUCAUUUGUUAUGAAGAUGUACAACUCAUUUACCGAAGUUCCUUCAUCGACUUCCUAUUCUUCCGCUCAGGGCACAGCACCGCCAUCGAUGUCUCCUUCUACUCCAUAUGAACAAACAAGUAUCAAGCCUGGAAUGAAGGAGGAUGUUCAAGAAGGCCUGAAUAACAUUAUGGGAGCAGGCAUGGGCGAGGGUACAGAAGUGCAGGUGCCUCAAUCCGAAGGAGAAGGGGGUAAGAAGGAACGGUACUGGGGGCCUACUCCAUGUUGUGUGACUUGCCUGGUGUCAAGCUACAUGCAAGCUGAGAAUGGUCAAGGUAUCGGUCAAGAUCAUCUCUUGUGCCUCAACCGCGGACCUCGCGACACGGGAGGAGCGUGGCUUCAAACGGCACUAUCUGAUCUGGCAGCGACAAUCCAGUUUGCUCAAGAAGCCGUAGUUCCAAAAACGGCUGCAGAGAAGCUAGCAAGGAAUAGCUUGCAGACUGGUCAGGCCAACGAGGCGGACGAAACCGGAACAGCGGGACAUGUGAACGCCGUCGAAUAUCCCUUGGAAAUGCAUGUCUGGUGGGGCUGGAUGGAUGACAUGGUCGUCAGGAAAGGACAAUUAUAUUUCAACCAGCUCGUCGGAGAAUAUUCUGGUGUCAUUGACUUGUUGGUUCAUGACGUACCUGAUGGGGACCACUCUGACUUGAUGUCGAGACCAGUAGGAAUACAUCACUGCUUCGAGCUUAUUCGAUCACAAAAUGACACAAAGAUGCCGAGUCGGGAGCUGUAACGAGACGACUGGUCAUGGAUAUGGUUAGGAGGUGGGGACGGAACUUGUAUCAUUCGCCAAAGAUGUUCUAUCCACUAUUGUAAAUCCUAUUCAACUGUGUAGCUGUGUACAAGUACAGUUUUAGCAUUCUUGAAAGAC